AUGGAUACCCUGGCACAAGCACCCAUAAACUAUCUCUCUUUAAGCGUCGAGCCGUUCACACAGCGGCCUUUCUCAGAGAUCAUUAAGGAGUCUUCUGAGAAGAACCUCCCGCACGUUCUUGCUAAGGUCUUCCUGAAAAACGAGAGCAUUCCCAUCGUGUACGACGCCAGGCUUCUGUGCAAGUACCUGUUUGAGCUGGUUAUAUCCAAGGACGGGCGAAUUGUGCGCCUGAAGCGGGUUUCCGACCCUAUAAACGACAAAGUCAUACGGGACAUUCUCUUCUACGAAAUUCCAAGCACCAGCAAAGACGGAACAGACGGCGCGUAUAUAGGCAGCCAGAAGGACUUUUUGGAGUCUAGCGGGUUCAGGUCCAAAAUAUUCAACCGAAACGACCCAUUUGACUCUCUCAGCAUAAACUUCCUCUUCAAAGACAGCCAGCCCCGAAAGAUUGGAAGGAGGCCUCUUGUUUUAAUAGGGCUUUCCUUCGUCAUUCUGUGCAUUAUCUUGCUCUCGUGCACUUACUCGGUGAUCCACAGCAGUGGCCUUAUAGCACCCAUAGAAAGGUACUUCAAAUAA